AGAGAGAGUCAUUGGCUGAGGACUCGCAUCUGCCUCUCCCCUGAAAAUACUCCGAUCAUUUAAAGUCGUCUCGCAUCUGCUGAAACCUAUGAAACUGAGUCUGGACUAAAAACCAGGAGCAGCUUCUCAAAUCACAUCUGUCUUCGUCGCCUUCUGUGCAUUUCUUAGACCAGGAAGGAAUCAUGGUUUGCCACAAGGAGUUCCAGAAUGCAGGCAAGCAGCCUGGUCUGCAGAUUUGGAGGAUAGAGAAUAUGGAUCUGAAACCUGUCCCCAAACAACUGCUGGGAAACUUCUUCACUGGAGAUGCCUAUGUUGUCCUUUACACCACUCCUGCUCCAUCCUACAAUGUCCACAUGUGGUUGGGUAAUGAGUGCUCUCAAGAUGAAAGUGGAGCAGCUGCCAUCUUUGCUAUGCAGCUGGAUGAUCAUCUGGGUGGAGCACCAGUCCAGUACCGUGAGGUUCAGAACAACGAAUCUGUCACUUUCAUUGGCUACUUUAAAACUGGAAUUAAGUACCAGCAAGGUGGUGUGGCCUCUGGAUUCCAGCACGUGGUGACUAAUGACAUGAAUGUGAGGCGCCUGCUUCAUAUUAAGGGGCGACGUGCCAUUCGUGCCACAGAGGUGAAAAUGUCUUGGGCCAGCUUCAAUCACGGAGACUGCUUCAUCAUUGAUCUCGGCAAGGACAUCUAUCAAUGGUGUGGCAAUGAAAGCAACCGUUUUGAGCGGUUGAAAGCCUCCGAGGUGGCUAUUGGCAUUCGUGAUAAUGAGAGAAAUGGGCGUGCCAAGCUGCAGAUGAUUGAGGAUGGUACUGAGCCAGAGGCUGUCCUUGCUGCUCUUGGGCCUAAGCUCAACAUCCCAGCAGGAAGCCCUGAUGAUGAGACAACUGACAGAAGCAAUCAGAAAAAGGGCGCACUAUACAUGGUGUCUGAUGCUGCAGGCUCUAUGAAGACAUCUCUGGUGUCCGAGGUAAGCCCUUUCAGACAACAAAUGCUCAAUCCCACUGAGUGCUUCAUCCUAGACAAUGGAGCAGACAGCAAGAUCUUUCUUUGGAAAGGGUCAAACGCAAACCCUGAGGAACGUAAGGCAGCCAUGAAGGUAGCUGAGCAGUUUAUCAAAGACAAGAACUACCCUAAAAACACACAGAUCCAGGUUAUGCCCGCCGGAGGCGAGACCAUACUGUUCAAGCAGUUCUUCAGUAACUGGAAGGAUAAGGAUCAAACCACAGGUCCCGGCCAGGCCUACAGCAUUGGCCGCAUUGCCAAAGUUUCACAGGUUCCCUUUGAUGCCUCCAGUCUCCACUCCAACAAAACAAUGGCUGCCCAGCAUGGCAUGGUGGACGAUGGCUCCGGCAAGGUCCAGAUAUGGCGCGUAGAAGGCGGGGACAAAGUUCCUGUGGACCCUUCCAGCUAUGGGCAGUUCUAUGGAGGAGACUGUUACCUGAUUCUCUACACCUAUCGCCAGGGAAGCAGAGAGCAACACAUUAUAUAUACCUGGCAAGGACUGAAGUGUACACAAGAUGAGCUGGCUGCCUCAGCUUUUCUAACAGUCAAGCUGGAUGAUUCUAUGGGAGGGUCGCCUGUCCAGGUACGUGUCACUCAAGGCCAGGAACCGGCCCAUUUGAUGAGCCUGUUCAAAGGGAAACCCAUGGUCAUCCACAUGGGUGGGACUUCACGAAAAGAUGGUCAAAGUCAGGCUGGCAAUACACGCUUUUUCCACAUCCGCCAGAGCUCCACCCGUACGACACGCGCUGUGGAGGUGGAACCGACUGCAUCUAAACUGAACACUAAUGACGUGUUUGUGCUGAAGUGCCCCGGCGGUCUCUUUCUGUGGAAAGGGGUGGCUGCUUCAGAGGAAGAAAUGGCUGCUGCUAAAUACGUCUGCAGCUUCCUCGGAGGCAGUGCCACGGAAAUAUCAGAGGGAAAAGAGCCGGCUGGGUUUUGGACAGCUUUGGGUGGGAAGAAGGAUUAUCAAACUUCGAAAAGUCUGCAGAAAACUGUCAAAACUCCACGUCUCUUUGGUUGCUCCAACAAGACUGGACGUCUAAUUGCUGAAGAAGUGCCUGGAGAUUUUACUCAGUCUGAUUUGGCCACUGAUGAUGUCAUGCUGCUGGACACCUGGGAUCAGGUCUUUGUUUGGAUUGGUAACGAUGCCAAUGAGGUGGAGCGGAAUGGAGCAGAUAAAAUAGCCAAAGAGUAUGUGGAUUCUGACCCCUCCGGUCGUCGUGGCACCCCGGUCGUCACUAUCAAGCAAGGCUUUGAGCCCCCAACCUUCACUGGCUGGUUCCAGGCGUGGGACGCAAAGAUGUGGAACACCGACCCACUGGAUCGCAUCCGCGGUCGUUUCUAAAAGCACGCGCAUUAAGACACGCAAACCAUUAUAUACUUUUGCGUAGCUUUCAGAAUACUCACCUCUUGUGUUUCAUGCAUUGGUGGUCUAUAAAGGAUGCAGAUGGAAACACAGUAUGCAAUAACGGGGACGCUUAAUUUCUAGCGAUUGUCGUCGAUUUGAUUACAUAGAGCAUCUCUGCAUAAAAAUGAAGUGUUUAAUCUCGUCAUUAUACAUUACUAUCUCUCUAUUCUCCUGUUAGAUAGAUUGCGUCAGUGCUUUGACACAGUCUGUAUUGUUAAAAGCGCUACAUAAGUGAUUGAUUGAUAAUGUUGCAUGUUAAACCAUUAUGUCCUGUAUUUUGCUACUAUUAAUGACCUUUUGCCUUGUUCACUUCUACACAUUGACUUUGCCUUUUUUAUACAAUUACACUCUUUAUAUUUUCUUUUAUAUACUUUGGUAUUCCAGUGACAUUUUCGACUGUAUGGUCUUUAGGAUUUUUAAAAGAAUAUUAAAAUAAAAUGGAAAAUGUUGUUUUUUUUAUAUAAGCAAGACUAUAACAUUUGUUUGUAUUCGACAACUUGCUGCCAUUUGAUUACUAAAAACUGUACACGUGUAUGGAUUAUGCCUCAUAAACUGGCGAAUUGAAAUAUCUGAGAGAAUAUACUGUAGUUGCUGAAAAUGAUUUUAAUGUAUCUCUACAGUUAUAGCUAUCCCAGUAUAUAAUAAUAACAGCAAUAAAAAACUUUUUCAAAUAC